GGAUCGUUCUCAGGUCGCUCGUCAAUCAACGGUUUGUCUUUGCGAGGCUCGCAGCAGAAGCCGUAGGGUUUCUUACUCGGUGAAUCCGUAUUCUGUUGCAGUUUCUGAUCAUGCUUGCCGCCUGUGGGUAAUGCUGCUGACUUUUUCAUGUUGUAUAAGUUAGAAAAACAAAUGAAAAGAUGAAUAGUUCUGGCUUAUCAUCAGCUAAUUUGAGUUCGUCACCUGGUCAAAGAAUGCAAGAUUCAGAAAAUACAGAACCAUCUAAUACCAACAAAUUUAUGACCCGUAUUAAAUGUGAUCUUCAAGUACAAAAGCAUCAGAAACAUACAAAUCGAGAACUUCAUCUCAAACGGGUACAAAACUUAAGAAAGGAAUUAGACUAUUUAAAAGCUACCGAGUGGAAAUAUCAACAUGUAGAUAGAGCACUUAAUCAUUCUCACAGAAAUUGAAGAUAUAAGCCAAAAUAUAUUAAUAAAUUAAAAAGAUAAAUAAUUACAAAAAUAAUUGACAUGAAACAUUGUUUAGGUUUAAUUAAGGUUGUUAAAACUACUAAAAUAAAAAAAAUCAACUAGUAACUAAUUUUUUUAUGAGGUUCAGUCUGAGUAAUGUAUUAUAUUAUAUGUGAAGCUGCUUUUUUUCAUUUUUCAAGUGCUUGUUAAAUUUUGUGCACUAAAUAAAUCAUUAACGCCGUUAACUAAUCUUUGAAACUUGAUUGAUAAAUUUGUUAACAGCGAAAAUAGUUUGUCUAUAUUUUUAUAUAUUUUUGAAUACAAAAUUUGUUAAUUUUUUAAAUAAUUUAUCAGUCAUAUUUGGAUCACAUUGGGCUGAACCUGUUAAAAGACUAUUAUUGUGCGUAUGUGUGUAUAUAUAUGUGUGUGUGUGUGUGUGUGUGUAUAUAUAAUUAGUAAAAAAGCUGGUUUGAAUAAAAAAUUUCUUAUGACAUACAUGUAAAUAUUAGGUAUAGCUUCAAAGUUCUUUUUAUACUGAUUUCUCACACUGAAAAAGUAUGUUAAAUUCAACUGUCUACAAAUAUUUAAUUUCAGAAAAAUCAGAACUAAAUUUAUAAUAGAUUGUCUUAUAAUUAUAAAAAUCAGCAAUGGAGACUUUUAGAAUCCGUUUUUUUAUUUUAUUCAAGAUUCUAGGCUUUAGUGCAAAAAAGCCUGAAUUCAUGUAUCAAAUGAACAAAAACUUUUUAAUUAAUAAAUUAUUUUUGUACAUUCAAUAAAAAAGAUUUCUCUUAUGGAUUCCAAACAA